AUGAUGGCCAACUAAACUAAACCCGGAUGAGCACGUCAUAUGCAGAUAAGUAACUACGGCACAAACGUUCACGUGACAGACGCACAACGACUAAACAAGUGGAACCACGCCGCAUGCGACUUUGCGCAUUUAGAUACGUUCGCGGAGCCACACAGAGGUGCGCAGCAGUGCGCAAAGCUUGGCAGAGCUAUCGAAUAUAUCAAACAUGCCGUCUGCGUGGAACCCAUCAAAGAAACACAGCGAUUACAAAAGAUGGAUUUGUAUUUAUCCAGUGUAUAUAAACAGUAAAAGGACUUUAGCGGGCGGACGAAAACUUGCGAAAGAUAAAUGCGUGGAGAAUCCUACGGAUCAAGAGAUACUCGAUGUUUUGGUAGCGGCAGGUUUCGACGUUGGCGUUGAAAACAAGCUUCACCCAAAAGAGAGGAGCCAAGAACUGUUAUAUCAUGGUCGCUUUCGUGUACAAUUAAAAAACGAUGAUGGCACUCCCGUGAAAACUGAAUUCCCUACUAGAGAUUCCGUGUUGGUUUACUUAGGCACCACUAUUCCGAAAUUAAAGACACGCCAAGGAAAACAGUCGACGGGUGAGCAAUCUUCCCAGGCUUCGAGUUCAUCGUCAAAGAAGGGGAAGGGGAAAGGAAGGAGGUAAUCAAAUGAAACAAGAGUGGAAUAGAGUUUACAACUAUUUUCUAAUUACGUAUAUAUUUUAAUAUUGAAAUGAGAAUUAUUCUCAUGUACAAAAAUUAAUUGUAUUACACUUUGUAUAAAGUAACUAACAAACAGUUUCAAACCGAAUACUGUAUAACCAUGUACAAUUCUGUAUAUCCAGACUAUUAUUUAAUACAGCUCUUAAAUGUUUAACACCA